AUGGCGGUCGUUGUUGAUCCUUGUGAAAUACUCAACGUUUGUGCGAACGAAACUAACAACAAAACCUACGAGAAUUUGUUAAAGUAUAAAGAAUACUUCCAAGUGCAACCUGACAAGAAAAUUAAAUGGCUAGGAAAUUUUGACGAACUGAAAUGCUUGAUAUUUGAUUUGUUUGGUGCCGAUGGGAAAUGGAGUUCGCCGAGAGGCUCAGCAAAGGCAUUUCGAAACGAUAAAAUAACUAUUACAUAUUACACCAACAAGAAAUCUUUGUUAUUUCAAGGCCAAGAAGGUAACCGUUUGAAAGAGGUUAUAUUAAAUCAAUCAAGUAAGAGUUCUGACUUGUUUACGGACAGUAUAGUUAGUCAUGAAUCUAUCAUUUGUGUUUCAAACAACGAUAACCUGUUACAUGCAAGUCAAACCGUGGCCAAAACAGCUAAAAUAUCUAUGAUUAGCGACAAUACUAGAUCUAAAAGCGAG